CCUUAAACUACCAUAACAGUCAGAUAUAUCACUUCAUAUGUUCGGCUUUUAAAGCCUAUCAACUUUCAUGAAUAAUAUUUUCAAUCAUUAAUGAAUAUGCCUUUUAUUAUUCUGUCAAACAAUCUUGAAGUGAUCAACAUUUUCUGUCCCAUAAUUCCUUAGUGAAGUAAUAUUGAUUGGUUAUUACUAUUUGUUUAUUGAUUUUAACUGUAUAAUUCUUACUAUUAUUUUGACUAUAUAAAAAUGAGGGAUUAUUUAGGCGAAUAGUUAUAUUUCAUUAAAAUAUGAAUACAUUGAAAUGCUCUAUAGUGGAUAAUAUACCACUAAAAUAAAUGUUUCCAAUUAGUACACAUUACACAGAACAAAAUUGCAAAACAGGUAAAAGAGAGGAAUUAAACAAUGUGAAUAAUGGUAACAUUCCUAUCACAGUCAUGCAGACUGAAGAUAAGUCCACAAAUAUUAGCAAAACUGACAAAUGUUCAGUUAGUUCAGAAAUUCGAAACUCUCGAAUGAAUAAUAGUUAUCGAAAUAUACCUAGAGGUUCAUCCUCUACAAGACAAUUGCAUAAAUAUUCUGCUCCUCAUCCACUGAUGUACUACAAUACGGCAGGAAAUACAACUCCUGUUAAACAAGCAAAUAAAAAAACUGUAAAACGAUCCAAUUCGCUUGGAUCAUUGUCUAGCAGACCUCCAUUUUAUCCUCCUGGUCCGCAAUCCUGGGAUGAUAUAAACGCUCAUUCGAAUACACCACGUAUACAAAGAAUACGAAUGGCUAGAGAAUGGUAUAAAAGAUCAAAUUCCCUAAGAGUUGUUGGUCGCGGGACAGAAACAGUUAAAAGAAUGAGUAUCCCAACAAAUACUGAGAGCAGUGCAAAAUAUGUUUCACCCAUACAAAAUACAACUAACCAGAGACCAGUAAGCGUUGAUCGGACAAACUUGAAACCUUUACUUCGUCCUUGGGAAUCUUAUAGACUCAGACCAUGUUCAGUUAACUCGUUAUGGUCAUUGAACUAUAUAAAUGAAGACCACAAAAUAACACAUCCUCCACACAAUGAUGUGCAUUCACCGUUCUGGUGUACUGACGAUAAAUGUUCAUUUUGUCCUCAUAGCCACUCAACCGACUCAUUAAACGUUAAAGAUUCAAAAUGUAUCAACCAGUACAAUCUAAAGUCAUCAGUUUCUCAGCGAAAUAAGGACUUCCAAAGGAUUGCAGAUAAAUAUGAUUUCAUCAACGAAGAUAGUAUGAGAAGUCCAUCAGGAGUAUGCAAUGAAGAGAAGAAACGAGGAAGCUACAAUUUACAUAAAAAUAUAUUCACUUAUAAACCAUAUUUUCAAUCUUUAAGAAAGCUAAAUCUAAUCGCACAACCAGCGCUUACGAGUCAUUGCAAUACGACAAAUCAUCCCAUAUAAAGCCUUCUUAUUCAACAUCUAACUUAUUAAAUUCCAAGCAUCUACCCGUGAAAAAUAAUUCAAUUCGUAACGAAACAUUAAAGCCAUUAAUACUGGAUAAUAUUAAGAAAAAGAUAAAUAAACCUCGUUAUCGAUCUAUCGCAUAUAAAUCAAUUUGUCCGAAUAAUGAAAAGCAUAUUUCAAGUGUAUUUCAAUCUUAUCCCAAACAGCUAAUUAUUCACAGUGAGAAUUUCAUUUCAAGAUUUGGCCAUAAUGCUUUUGUCAAAACAACUGGCAAUAAACAGGAUAUUAAUUUGUUAAAAGGUCGCAUCAUACAUGACUUAACAUUUGUUCCAGUAGACAAUGCAAUACCAUGGUGGACAAGGUCAUCAUUAAAUCAAUCAGCAACUUCUCUUCAUGAUAUGAAAAAUAAAGUAAUUUCAAAUAAGGCGAACAAAUGUCGUUUAAAACAAAUACGCGACAGUAAUAAACGAGAAGUCAAUUUAAAUUAUGAAGAUAAUGAACGUAAACUUCAUUUAAAAAGUACACCUGAUCUUCGUGAUAAUACCAACUAUAAUAACAAUAAAUCAAAUAACAUCAGCGGAUUAAAAACUAAUAAACAACGAAGUCAAUCUGAUCCACGUCCGGUAAUUAGUAGACCUAUACCUGCAGAAAGUUCUCAGUUUAAUAAACCUACACAAGAUUUAACUUCAUUACAAUUUGUGAACAACAUUGGGCCUCAUAAAACGAAUAGGCAAACACUGUCGCCACUGCUAACAUCACAGGUACCACAAAUCAAAUUGAGUAACUUACGUCCAGUAUCCGUGACAGGUAAUGAAGAGGUUGGAAUAUGGACUGAAAAGCCAGUGGAAUCUGUACAGCCUGGAAGUAAAACUAUAAUAAACCAACUAAUGGAAUGUGACUUAAAUUCAAUAGAAAAUUGUUCGAUUUGUCAUAAAAUAAUGCCAGUAAAUGAACGUUAUGAUUUAGUUGAUCAAGUGAUACAUCGUAACUGUUUCAAAUGUUCAUUAUGUAAUGAAACAUUAACUGAUAAAAGUGCAAUAUUUCAAAAUGAUCAUUCAUUGACAUCAACAACAAUCUUAGCACAAAAACAAGAGAUUGAUGAAAAAAGUGAAAAUGGGAAUAAAGAUACUAAAAAAUCUGACCUUGAACGACGAAUAUCAAACGCCAGUGGUGGACGAAUGGGAAAUAUUAGAAAUAAGUUUGAAUCAGGUGAAGUGAAUAGUGAUAAAAGGAAGAACAAAAAGAAAUCUGCACCAAAAAUGAAAUAUGCCGGUGUGGAAUCAGUUAAAACAAGAUUUAUUGAAGAAGCUACAAAGGCUACAAUGAGUAAGGUAGAAGAUGGGCCUAGGAAACCAAAGGAAUUCACUCCACCACCGGAUGGUGUUGCUGUUGGUAUAUUAGAAAGUAAUCCAAAGCCAAGAGCACCAGAUGUGGUUACAUCGGACGAUAUGUUUGAACCAGUGGAUUUAAAAGAGAUUACAACUGGUGGACAGAGCAUUGAUGGAGAGAAUCGUAAAAAAAGUUCAUUCAUUGAUGAAUCAAUUACAGUUGCACCGGAAGCUACAAAAAAUGCAAGAGCACGAUGGAAGGAUAUUGAAAGUGGUAAAACUGAAAAAGAUGCAUUAUCAGAACGUCCGAAACUUGAUAUACAUGACGGUUAUGGAGGGGUUUAUGAGAAUGAACCUGAAAAAUUCGAAAAUAUCGCUAGAGCUGAAAGACGUGAAUUAUUUUUGAAGAAAGCUGCUGAUACUUCCGUUGUAAAGAGAGAUAGUAUAAAACUUAUAGAUAUUAAUGCUGCUGAAAGUGGGAUAUAUGAAAAUGAACCAACUCGACUUGAUAAUGUAGUCCGUUAUGAUGACGAUCAAACAGAUGACUAUCCAAGUAAUUCUGUGAAAUGGGCAUCUGAAGCGAAAAACAGAUUUAUACAAGAAGCAUCUAAAUCACAGAUAACAACAGGAAGUAACAAGACUAUUUUAUUGGUUGAAGAUGGUCAUACAAAUGGUAAUGGUGAUGGCGCACCAAAACAAGCACGAUAUACUACACAAGCUAAACAAGCCUUUUUAGAACGUCAGAAACAAGCAGAAGAAGCUGCGAAGAACAAAAGUCGACCAGAUAUUAUUGAUAUAUGGCAAGAACAAUGCCCACACAGUGGAGUAUUUGAAAAUGUACCAGCUGCUCAUACAGCUGAUGUGGUAGUCACUGACGAAUCUGAAGAAGACGAUGAGGAAGAAGAGGAAGAGCAAUAA